GGGGCCGCGCACGGCAAGGAAGGAGCGCAGGUGUGCGCGCACAGGUGAAGGUGUCAAGGUGCGAACGCGGGGAGUGUGUGCAGGCGCGCACGUGGAGGGAGGUGCAAGGUUCCGCGCACACGCGUGGCUGGACAGAUGUUGGUGGGGGGCUCCAGAUGUGCACAGCGCGGGGAAUCCGCGGGAUCGGGGGAGGUUUGGGGUGGAAGGGAGAGGCACACCUGGAGCAGGUGACACAGGAACACAUCCAGGUGGGUUUGGAAUGUCUCCGGACAGGGAGACCCCACACCUUCCCUGGGCAGCUGUGCCAGGGCUCUGCCACCCUGCAUGGGAAGUUCUUCCUCGUGUUGAGAGGGAACUUCUCGUGCUUUGGUUUAUGGCCACUGCUCCUCUUCCUGUCGCUGGCCAGGAAAAGAUCCACUGGACCUGGCUGGAGCCACUGGACUGCAAAGAGUCUGGCACCGUCCUGUGACACCCCAUGGAGAUAUUUGUAUGGAUCCCCUCUCAGCAUUCCCUUCUCCAGCCGGCCCACGUCCCACUCCCGCACGGACAUCAUCGGGACAGUUCCAUCAGCUCUGGAUCCCCCGGCUGGGACUGGCUGGGCUGGAGGGGGUGCGGCCGGGGGGGGGGAGGAGUCUCUGCGACAGGUAUAUAAGGCUGCUCCUUGGAAGAUGGAUUACGCCAAAUCCCUGAGCCAGCGCCUGGCUGCCCCCGUGUCCAAAUGUGUCUCAGCCAGUGCCUCCAUGACCCAGCAGCUGCUGGCGAGCCCGGCCCCACCACCCCGGCCGUACCGUGUGUGCAACUGGGACCGCAGCCUGCGCAAGGGCGUCAUGGCCCCGAGCCUCGCCGAGCUGCUCCGCCAGGCUCAGAGUGCCCUGGAGCUGCCGGCGCCCAUCGUGCUGGUGCUGGAUGAGGACGGCACUGCGGUGGAGACAGAGUCGUUCUUCCGGACGCUGGAGGAGAACACGGCACUGAUGGCCCUGAGCAAGGAGCAAACCUGGACUGCCCCCAAGGCACGGGGCUACCAGGUGGGCCUGUCCCGCAAGCCCCCGCGCAGGAUCGACGUCGCCUGUGUCACCUUCGACCUGUACAAGACCCACCCGAAGGACCUGGGCUGCCUCAACGUCAAAGCCACCCUGUAUGGCACCUACAGCAUGUCCUAUGACCUGCGCUGCUACGGGGCCCGGCGCCUGGUGAAGGAAGCCCUGCGCUGGGGACUGUUCACCAUGCAGGCCACUGGCCACGUCCUGCUGGGCACCUCGUGCUACAUGCAGCAGCUCCUGGAUGCCACCGAGGAGGAGCAGAAGGAAGAGGAAAAGAACCCGCUGCCCCUUCAGAACCUCCUGCCCUGCAGCCUCCCUGCCCUUCCCUACAAGAAGAUGUUGCAGUGAGGGCUGGCUGGCUUGCCCUGUCCCCUCCUCUGUCCCCCCAACCCCUGGGGGGUCCCACUAGGUCAAUGCUUGGGCAGAGGCUGCCACAGUGCCUGGCACAGCCUCUCCUUGCACUCCGCUGGCUGAGUGUGGCCAAAUCUGCUCUGGGAUAGCUGCUGCUCUGUAAAUAUAUUUAUUUAAGUAAAAUUCUUCUGAAUUCA